CCAGCUCCAGGCUCUCCAUCUGCAGACUUUGCAAGGGGACCUUGGUGCCAGCUGGCUCUGGCAGGCUUUUGGCAGCAUGGCAGUAAAGCUUGGGGCCUUCCUGCUUGUGUUUGGGCUCAGCGUGGUGUGGCCAGCUUCUGCCCACCGGAAGCUCCUUGUGUUUCUCCUCGAUGGUUUUCGCUCAGACUACAUCAGUGAGGAGGUCCUGGCGUCCUUGCCUGGUUUCAGAGAGAUUGUGAACAGGGGAGUCAAAGUGGAUUACUUGACUCCGGACUUCCCCAGCCUCUCCUACCCCAAUUACUACACCUUAAUGACCGGCCGCCACUGUGAGGUCCACCAGAUGAUCGGGAACCACAUGUGGGAUUCCAGAAGCAACAAGUCCUUUGACAUCGGGGUCAACAAAGACAGCCUUUUGCCGCUCUGGUGGAAUGGGUCGGAACCAUUGUGGAUCACUUUGAUGAAGGCCAGGAGGAAAGUCUACAUGUAUUACUGGCCAGGCUGUGAAGUGGAGAUUCUUGGUGUCAGACCAACUUACUGCCUAGAAUAUAAAACGGUCCCAACAGAUAUCAAUUUUGCCGAUGCAGUCAGUGGUGCUCUUGACUCAUUAAAGAGUGGCCGAGCCGAUCUAGCAGCCAUAUACUAUGAGCGCAUCGAUGUGGAAGGUCACCACUAUGGCCCCUCAUCGCCUCAGCGAAAAGAUGCCCUCAGAGCUGUGGACAAUGUGCUGAAGUACAUGAUCCAGUGGAUCCAGGAACGAGGCCUGCAGGAUGACCUAAAUGUCAUCAUUUUCUCAGACCACGGGAUGACUGACAUCUUCUGGAUGGAUAAAGUGAUUGAGCUGAGCAAGUACAUCAGCCUGGAUGACCUGCAGCAGGUGAAGGACAGAGGGCCCGUUGUGAGCCUGUGGCCAGCCCCUGGAAAACACUCUGAGAUAUAUCACAAACUCAGCACAGUGGAACACAUGACUGUGUAUGAGAAAGAAGCGAUACCCAGCAGGUUCUACUACAAGAAAGGGAAAUUCGUGUCUCCUUUGACUUUGGUGGCGGAUGAAGGGUGGUUCAUAACGGAGAAUCGAGAGGUGCUUCCGUUCUGGAUGAACAGCACUGGCAAGAAGGGAGGCUGGCAGCGUGGCUGGCAUGGAUACGACAAUGAACUCAUGGACAUGAGAGGCAUCUUCCUGGCCUUCGGACCUGAUUUCAAGUCCAACUUCAGAGCUGCUCCAAUCAGAUCAGUGGAUGUCUACAACAUUAUGUGCAAUGUAUCAGGCAUCACCCCACUGCCCAACAACGGGUCCUGGUCCAGGGUGGUAUGCAUGCUGAAGGAUCAGAGCAGCUCGGCUCCAUCUGCCCCACUGAAGCACUGUGCACUGGUCUUGAGUCUCCUCUUAUACUUUGCAUAACUGGUCAUAUUGCUCAUUCCCAAGCACUGUUGCAGUAAGGCCUGCCACCAAUAUGGGACAGUUUUCAUUUUCUUUAUGAAUAAUAAGUUUAUUAACACAAUCAAGGCCAUUGAAGUUGUAAAAAUAUUAUUCUUGGAUGAUUAUAUACAUAAAGUCCCUUCUUAAAAAAAAAAAAACUUUUUAAACUCUGUUUUACCUAAAAGUUUGACUUUUUGAUCUUUUCAUUCACUUCACUACACAAGUAUUCUCCUUAGCACAUCCUUACUGAAGAUGAACAGUGUGAGCAGUGGUCUGUCCCAGUAACAGCUAGUCAUCAAAUGGAAAUCCUGUAGUCAUCCUGGGUCCCUCUCAUCCUGCCUUGCCCUGUCAAUCAGGCCCUCUGGGUCCUGUUCACAUUCAAGGGCUCAUACUUGGGAUCUGCAGCCAUAAUUCUGCACUGUCUUUUCUAUUCCAGAAAGAGGAGGUCUAGUUACAGGAAAGCAACAUGUGCUGUCUGUUUCCACCCCAGUGCACGGCAUUUUUAAGAACACAGUCUCAGAAAGCACAUAGGCCAGUAGAGAUCACCAACCAACCAAUUAAAGUGUCAAAAACAACUAAACUCACAGAACUGGCAGAAGCCAUGAUUUCCUCUCUCAAAAUCUGAGAACACAAAUAGCUUCUCAGUUUCAUUAGGUGCAACAUUGUAGUAUCCAUGAGGCCUACUACGCAAUCUCUCAUGGUCUAAAGCCUAGUGAACCACAGGCCCUGAACGUUGAUGUGUACUGAUCAUCUGCCUACCUGAUUCUUCUGCCUAUGACCACUUACCUCCUCCAGACACUGCCACUCUUUUGCUCUUGAGUCAGGGUGCGAGGCAGGUAAAUAGCUGAUAUGUCAGUCUAGGCUUAGAAAGGAAGAGAUGUCUCAGCAAUAAUAAUACAAACAUUAGAAAUAUUAACUCAUUGCUAGGAAUGGUGAUAUAUCAAAUGCAAGUUUCAUAUUUCAGGAGUCCAGAAGAGGACUAUAAAAAGAGUUGAUUGUAUUUUUAAACAA